AUGGCCAACCCAGCCGACCCAACCUCAGCAGAAGAAACGACAGCAAUAGCAAUAGCAACCCCAUCGACUUCCGAAGUCCAAGCCCACACUCAACAAACGACACCCACGGGUACUACGACAUCCACGCCACCGGCAGCGACAUCGCCAGCCAUCAUCUUCCCCAAAUCCUACAGCUUCCCCCCCUUCUUCACGCUCCAACCGACGGCGCAAACCCGCCACGCCCAACUCGUCAAAUGGUCGGCCCUGACGCAGCGCUACUGCCGCCACCACCGCCAGUGGAAGCUCCGCCUCCCCGACGCGCUGGCCACGCCGCUCUUCCACAACAAGGAGCUCAACAAGCGACUAUCGCUGCGCGACGCGCGCGCCGUCAUCGACUUCAUGGCCAGUAAGCAAGGUGACGAGCGGGCCGAGUGGGUUGCCAGCACGGACGAGCAGAAACUCGAGGCGUGGAUCUGGUGGCGUAGGCCCGAGGAGUGGGGAAAUUUGAUCGCCGACUGGGUCGAAGGUACGGGCCAAAAGGGCGUGGUCCUGACGUUGUAUGAGUUGGUCGAGGGCCAGGAGACGGAAGGCCAGGAGUUUUGGGGCUUGGAUGCCGAGGUGUUGCGGAGGGGGUUGGCCGCACUGGUCAAGAAGGGGAGGGCCCAGGUGUUUGGCGCCGAGGAUCAGAUGGGCGUCAAGUUCUUUUGA